GCCCGCCGUGCGCCCCAGGGCUGGGCGGAAGCGCGGCCGGCAGGGGCUCGGGUAGUGGCCGCGGGCGGGCGAGCUGCUUCGCGGAGGAGCGGGACCCUGGGGCGCGCGGGCGGCGCCGAGCCCGGGACGUGGGGCCUGCGACUCCGGCAAGGCGCGGGCGCGCGCGGGCAGAGGCGAGGCCGGGGUCCCGUCGUGGCGGCUGCGGCCGAGGCGGGCGGACGCGCUCGCGGGCUUUCUCUCCCGGGUCUCGGCCAUGACGCCCGCCGCCGCGCGCAGCGCCCUUCUGGGCUGCUUCUGCUUGGCCUUGUGCUGCCUGGGUGACCCCGAGAAGGCCUCGAGUGGCAGCCAUGACUGGAAAAAACUAAUUAUGGUUCAACACUGGCCUGUGACAGUGUGCGAGGAAGUUAAAAACGACUGUAGAGACCCUCCGGAUUACUGGACAAUACAUGGAUUAUGGCCUGAUAAAAGCGAAGAAUGUAAUCGAUCAUGGCACUUUAAUUUAGAAGAGAUUAAGGAUCUUUUGGGGGAAAUGAAGCAGUACUGGCCUGACGUAAUCCAUUCAUCUCCUAAUCGUACCCAAUUCUGGAGGCACGAGUGGGAGAAACACGGGACCUGUGCCGCACAGGUGGCCGCCCUCAGUUCCCAGAAGAAGUACUUUGGUAAAAGUCUGGCCCUGUACAAGCAGCUUGACCUCAACAGUAAGCUCCAAAAACUGGGGAUAAGACCAUCUAUCAAUUACUACCACAUUGAAGAUAUUAAAGAUGCCCUUGCCAAUGUGUAUGGAGUGAUACCUAAAAUCCAGUGUCUUCCACCGGAACAGGGUGAGGAAGUGCAGACGAUUGGUCAGAUAGAGCUGUGCAUCACCAAGGAGGACCAGCAGCUGCGGAACUGCACCACACACGGGGAGCCACCGUCCUCCCUGCAGGAAGUCUGGCCAGUGGAUGUGGCUGCAGCGGACAGGGGUCUGUCGGUCUGCAAGGAUGGCCCAGUCUUUUACCCCCCGCCUAAAAAGACCAAGCAUUGAUGCCCAUUAAUUUUAAAAAUAUUCUGUGUUUUAAAAGCAGGUGAAAUUUACAAAUCACUGCUUUCUAAAAAAUAACUCCAAAGUGAAAUCUUAUGUUUUAACUCUUCCUUUAAUAUAACAACAAGCCUUUUUGCUUGUUCUGCUUUUUUUCUUCCA